UCGGCGAUUUUCGCUGUUGCUGGCUUUUUCAGGAGCUGCUCGCUCGCAGCCAGAGAGACGCUGCUUUUUUUUUUCCGGGUUCGGAGCCGUUCCGGAUGCUUUAGGCUGCCGGAUGUCUGAUCUCCGGAUAACUGAGGCGUUUCUGUACAUGGAUUAUCUGUGUUUUCGAGCACUUUGCUGCAAGGGACCACCACCUGCACGUCCAGAGUAUGACUUGGUGUGCAUAGGCCUCACAGGCUCUGGGAAGACCAGUCUGUUGUCCAAGCUCUGCAGUGAAAGCCCAGAGAACGUUGUGUCAACCACAGGUUUUAGCAUAAAGGCAGUGCCAUUCCAGAAUGCCAUCUUGAAUGUAAAAGAACUUGGAGGAGCUGACAAUAUCCGGAAAUACUGGAGCCGCUACUACCAAGGAUCUCAAGGGGUAAUAUUCGUCUUAGACAGUGCCUCUUCAGAGGAUGAUUUAGAAACUGCUAGAAAUGAACUGCACUCAGCUCUUCAGCACCCACAGCUAUGCACUUUACCCUUUUUAAUAUUGGCCAAUCAUCAAGACAAGCCAGCAGCUCGCUCAGUACAAGAGAUCAAAAAAUACUUUGAACUUGAACCACUCGCACGUGGCAAACGCUGGAUUCUGCAGCCCUGCUCGCUGGAUAACACAGAUGCACUGAAAGACAGCUUUUCCCAGCUCAUAAACUUGUUAGAAGAAAAAGACCAUGAAGCUAUGCGAAUGUGAAAUCUGGCACAAAAGCCCCCCCAAAGCCUUGAACUUAUGUUAACUUCCUGUUUUAAUUUCAUGUUGGUGUCAAGACUGUCAUGGCUUCAGUAUCUAUUUUCUUUAGCUAUUUCAGACUCUCAUCUCUCUGUUAAAGUGAAUAUUCCAUAAGUCAGGUGAAUUAUCAUCGGCAUUAACGUCAAGUACACACUACUGAGAGAGAAUGUAUUCUCUGUUUACCACUAAUUAUCUUCACCCUAUGUCUCUUCCUUCUGUCCUUCUAAGAAUUUCUUCUGUACCUUGUGCUAAAAUGGAUGGAACUCACAGCUCAUGGAAAUCACAUCCCUUCUGAAGAAAACACAAAGACUCAUGUACUUUGACUAAUUUUCCCUGAGUGUGGGAUUAGAGGACUGGGAUGCCACACAAUAUGUAUACCAUUUUCAUGAUCUCUUGCAGGCUGGGUUUUGUUUUAAUUUUAUCUUACCUGUUUUUCAAUUUUUUGUAUAUGCGUGAAAGAUGAACACCAAAAUUUUCAAUGACUUGUUCUAUCAUAACGGAGUAUCAGUCCACAGUAAAAUUGACUCUGAAGCCCCCAGAGACUCUAGACGUGCAGUGAUACCUUGAUUCCCCUGCAGCCUUGUUCCCUUUCCUCUCUUAAGAGCAGACACAUUGUUUUAGUUUUUGAGAGAGUUGCUGAUUCCCAUUUGAUCAAGGCCUCAAAUAGUUCUUAAUGGGAUCAUUAAUCUGCAUAAAAUCAAGCUACAAUGUAAUAUAAGCAUUUUUUCUGAAAAAAAAAAUCAGAAUUGUUUGAUGAAAAUCAAGAAAAUAAUUUUUCAACUAAUAGACAAAACAGCCAAAGUAUAAUUUCUGUUGGUUAAGGUUUAAGCUAACAUGGAUUUGACAGACAUCAAAGACAAAUCCUGUGUAUUUAUUCAUCAAGUGCUAAUAUAGUUUAGGGGAGUCUGCUAAAGCCUUCAUCUAAUAGUUAAAGGUCUAUCAGUAUUUCUAUUAUAAACCUCUAUUUUCAGGGGUUUUAAUGUGCCCGUAGAAUGUACUGGGGCUGCAGCAAAUAAAUAACUUGAGGGCCUAGACUCAGUCUUUGGAACUAAUUUUUUCCACUUAGUUUAAACGAUAAAAUUGUGUGAGUGUACAGUUUUAUUAAGGUUCAGCACCUUUGACCUUUUCUAAAUCAGGAAUAAUCUAUGAACAUUGAGAUUCAUAAAUAGGAUAUUCUUUGGCACAUUUUGUAGACUUUUGGCCCACUUAUUAAAAUACUAAGUGGCCAGAUGAUAGAAAACUGCUCCCUACACCUGAGCAAUAAAAACGUGUUUGUAAUUUUUAGGUAGCAAAGACUGAUACCCAAAUACCACAGACUUGAUACUGUAUUACAGGGCAACAGAAAACCUUGUAUUUCUCCAGAGGAUAUUCUUUGGGUCCCUCACAAUACUUAGAUGUAGCUUUUGUGAUUUUUGUCUUGCAAAUUGGUUUUAAAUCAUCCCACAUUUCUUUAAACAUAUGUGUAUAUGUGUGUUAUAUAUAUAUAUCUUGUAUAUGCAUGGACCAGAGAAGGAUCCAUGAACAAUUUUGUCUACAGCAUCCCUGAGUAUUUUUAACACUGUAUGACGAUCCAUGGGCAGCACCAAACUUUAUUCCAAUGACCAGUUAUGCAGUUCCUGUUUUUAUUUUAUCCUCUUGUGCUCAUCUUCUGUGGAAAAAAAAAAAAUGAUUUUCAGGCCUUGCUUUCCCUGCAAGUUCAUUAAAUGUAGAAUGCUGUCUUUUGAAGAUGCUGUGGCUGAGUGCUCUUCAGCCAUCUGUUAAAUGACUUCCCGUUGUCUGUGUGUGUUCAUGUGCACCAGUGAUGGGCUUCUCCACAGCCCUGCGACUGUCUGCAGCAUCUCAGCCGUCAGAAUGAAAACAUUAUCAAUCAGUACCCAACAACAGCUGUUUUUGACAAGUUUCUGUCUGACGCCUAGUGCUUUACAACUGUCAAUAAGGCUCUUUCUUUGUCUAGCAGGUCGGAGUUUGCUGUCUUCCUGCUUCCUUGAAGCAUCCUGUCCUUGUAACCCUAGAAUUUGUCUGUGUUUGGGAAAUCCAUGGGGAUGGGGGGGGGGAGAAGGGAGGAGGGACUGUAUUCCUGUUCUUACUUUUGUGUAAGGUGCCACAGGUGUCUUAGUUUGCAUAUUCAAAUAUAUAGGAAAAGCAGUCUGUUAAGUAUUUCUUCAGUUAGCAUCUUGUUAUAUUUAUGGAAGUUACCCAUUUUUGUACCUUCUUAGCUGAAGCAGUUGCCUUUUUUAUAAUGGCAAUUAAUUUAUAUAAAACUUUGUAUCUACUGUAGUUUACAGUAUUGGUUGCUAAAUGACUGCGUAUCUUCCUGUCUUUCUAUUGGAAUAUACUGUAACUAUACUUAGAGGUUGACAGAUUCAUGUGGACAUUUGCCAGGCAGGAAGUACCGUCUGUGAUUUAUAUCUGAUUUCCACUAUCUUGCAAUGAAAAUAAAUGCUGAGUAG